GGUACACCGGGAGCACGUGUUGGGGCUCUGGUGACCUUGCCAUCUGUCUGUCCUUAAAACUCUGCCUAUUUAUCCCCCUCUGAUCCACUGGUGACCCCAUAACACACGGUACGCUACACUCCUCCUCCUCCUCCUCAGUUAAAAUCAUCCUAUAAGUCCUCAUGAUAAAAGAAAGGUAGAGUUUUUUCCUUGAGGUAUUGGCAGUCCACGAGGGUAUGAGAAGCCAGAAUAAGGAAGGUGAAGAUGGAGGAACCAGAGGAAGGAGGAGAAGGGGAAACAGCAGUAGAAGGAGAAGAAGGUGAAGGGAAGAGGCUGGCUGAGGUGGUGAAGGGAACCCACCGCCUCCUUAGGGCUCAGUACAAGGAAGCUGGAGAAGGGGCGGGAGCAGGUGCGAAGGUGUGGAGGGAGCACCUGGAGAGGGAGGAACAGCUGAACAGGUAUGCGCAAGCCAUGCACACCCUCGCCACACAGCACUGGCCCUCCGAUGACCAGGCCAGCAUGUCACGGGUGGGCUGGGUGAGAGCUGCGGUGAGGGACUACUACUGGGGCGGAGGACUGCUGGCGGCCACAGACAAAGAGAUGAGGAAGUUGAGCCAUCUGGAACUUACCCCUGACCAACCCCAUAGCCCUCAGCCACCCCCGCCAGAUGGUACAGUACGUGUUCUGGACGUGGGCAGCUGUUACAACCCAUUCCGUGUGUUUCCUGAGUUUGAGGUCACGGCUAUUGACCUCUGUCCCGCCCACGAGUCAGUGUUCAAGGGUGACUUUCUUAAUUUGGAGAUCAUGGAGAAAGAAGAUGAAGGGGGAGGAAGAGAGGAAGGAGGAGGAAAAGGAGGAGGCACUAAGGUGGAGGAAGAGGAAAAGGGAGGAGAAACCACAAAAAGGAAGGAAGAAGAAGAAAGGAAGACACACACAGUAAUAAAACCAGAAGACAGAGGAGGAGGAGGAGGAGGAAGAGAAAAAGGAGAAAAAGAUGUGAAAGAGUAUGAAGAACAAAGACAAGGAGGCCAAGGAAAGGAAGAGAGAGGAGAAGAAGAAGAAGGAAAGAGAGAUGAAGAGGAAGGAAGACAAGCAGGAUUAGGAAUUACACCCACAACCACUACCACCAUCACCAUCACCACCCUCCCAGCCUCGUCCUUCCAUGUAAUAGUGCUGAGUCUAGUUCUGGAAUACCUACCAGCACCAACGCAGCGCCUCGAGUGCUGCGCAAGGGCAUGGCGGCUCCUAGCACCGGGGGGCUUGCUGGCUAUCAUAACCCCGGACAGUCGCCACCAGGGAGCCAACGCACAUCUCUACCAGCUCUGGCGUGUGUCCCUAGCUGGCCUGGGCUUCGGGAGGAUCAAAUACGACAAGCAGACGCAUUUUCACGGGUUCCUGUUCCGCAAGGGGCUGUGUCGGGCUGCCUGGCAAAGUGACGUCCCUCGGUUUCUCAGUUCGGCCUUAAGUGCAGCGCCCUCGGUCCGUGCCAAGCUAAGGGGGAUCGACUACUCCAAAGUGCACCAGGAACUGUACAUACCACAGGACUUUGAGGGCCUUGAGGGGUCAGGGAGAAAGCGAGUGAGGAGAGGUUGCGAUCAGACCGAUGGGCGUAAGAAACAGAAGAAGGAGAGUGAGGGUGGAGGGAAGGGAGAGAUGGAUGAGGGGGAGAGAGAAGAGAAAGGAAGGAGAAAGGAACAUGAGGGGAAGGAUGAGGAAAGACACGGAAGGGAGGAAGUGAGUGGUAGAAGAGGAGAGAUAAAUGGGAAUAGGAAGAGAGAAGAGGAGGAGGUGAAGGAAGAAAGUGGAGAGAAAGAGGUUGAAAGGAGAGGGGUUGAGGUGAAUGGGAAGGGAGAGAAAGUAAUGGAAGAGGAAGAUCACAUAGAAAGGGAGGUUAAUAGAUGACAGGAAAGAGAAACUCGACCAGAAGAGGAGAUAGAAGGAAACAAAGACAUGGAGGAGAAGAGAUGAGGAAAAUGUAGAGGAAAAAGGGAAAGGAACGCUAUUCACAUUUUUCAUUAUUUUCAUUUUUUUACAACAAAGGAGACAGCUCAAGGGCACAAAAAAAGGAAACAAUAAUAAAAAAAGCCCGCUACUCACUGCUCCUAAAAAAGAAUCAAGAGGUGGCCGAAAGAGAGGUCAAUUUCGGGAGGAGAGGUGUCCUGAUUGCUUUUGAAAUAAAUUUAAAACUUGA